CUAAUUCGGAUUCAAGAUAAAUUCUGGAUGGAUAUGUUAUAAUCCCACCCAAUUAUUGUUGCGAAUAUCGAACAAUACCAAGUUCAGCCCUAAUUACCAUAAACCAACAGACAGUUGGUACAUACAAUCCAUAGUCCAGUCGUCGUAGGUUCGAUCGUAAGACUAUGGUAAUACUUUACUCCGUAAACCAAGUAGGCAAUUAUCGAUCUAUCAAGCAUCCAAAGUUCCAAACCCACAAAAGAUUAGUAACACAAACUCAGCCAACCCCUAAUUGAACAUGAACGCAGCGAUUGACACACAACUGUAGCUUUUCUGCUAGUUCAGUUCAACCCAAUCUUUCUUCCUACCAAAUGUUAUGAAAUGUUCGCUUUCGGCCAUUUGUGGACAAACUCGCGUAACCCUUGUGCAUUACUUACUAAUUCAGUUGAUCUUCUCUACUCUCGCCAUUUUCUCCAACAAUUUAGGCUCUUCUCAACUCAAAAUGUCUCUCACUGCAAUGCCCAAAUCUCUACUCUCUCACGAGCAGGAAACGUCAAAGCUGCUCGCCAACUGUUCGACAAAAUGCCUAACAGAGAUGUUAUCACCUGGAAUGCUCUCCUUACUGGGUAUUGGAAAAACGGGGCUUUUGAUCAAUCUAAGAAGCUUUUUAUGUCAAUGCCAGAGAGAAAUGUUGUAUCUUGGAAUUCAAUGAUAGCAGGUUGCAUUGAGAAUGACUUGAUUGAUGAAGGGUUUCAGUAUUUUCACAUGAUGCCUAGAAAAAACGUUUCUUCUUGGAAUGCAAUGAUAUCAGGUUUUGUGAAGAAUGGAAGAAUUGAGGAGGCGAUUCGGCUUUUUAAGGAAAUGCCGUGUAGGAAUAUCAUCUCUUGUACUGCUAUGAUUGAUGGGUAUUUACAGAAAGGGAUGGUUGGGGAAGCAAAGGCUUUGUUUGAUCAAAUUCCUCAGAAGAAUAGCAUAACUUGGACUGUGAUGAUUAGUGGGUAUGUCCAGAAUGGAAUGUUUGAGGGAGCUAGGGAGUUGUUUGAGCAGAUGCCAAAUAAGACUGUUGUUGCAGCUACUGCUAUGAUAACUGGUUACUGUAAAGAGGGGAAGAUGGAGGAUGCUAGGAAUUUGUUUGAUCGGCUUUCGCAGAAGGAUCAUGUUGCUUGGAAUGCUAUGAUCACAGGUUAUACUCAAAAUGAUAGUGGAGAGGAAGCUCUGAAAUUGUUUUCAGAGAUGCUUAGAUUGAGUAUUCAACCAGAUAAGGCAACUUUUGUUUCAGUUCUGACUGCUUGCUCAUCUCUGACAUCUGUAAAAGAAGGUGGGCAAACUCACUCACUUGUUGUUAAGUUUGGUUAUGGAACAAAUCUAUCUGUUUGCAAUGCCUUAUUGUCAAUGUACAGCAAGUGUGGUAGUGUUGUAGAUUCAGAAUUGGCUUUUACAGAAAUUCACAACCCCGAUGUUGUUUCAUGGAACACAAUUCUUGCUGGCUACGCACAACAUGGGUUAUACGAGAAAGCCCGUGCACUCUUCAAUGAGAUGUGUGCAAAGGGGUUUGAUCCUAAUGGAAUAACUUUUCUUAGUAUGUUGUCUACUUGUGGUCACACUGGAAAGGUGAAUGAUAGUUUGGUUUGGUUUGAUACAAUGGUAAAAGACUAUAAACUCCCCCCAAACCCCGAACACUAUGCUUGUUUGGUUGAUAUAUUAUGUAGAAAAGGCCAAUUAGAGAAAGCCUACAAAAUUAUUCAAGAGAUGCCAUUUGAAAUAAGUUGUGGUGUAUGGGGAUCUCUUCUUGCAGCUUGCCAUGUUUACUUGAAUGCAGAACUCGGGGAAUUAUCUGCAACCAAAAUAUUGGAAAUGGACCCGAACAAUUCUGGGGCUUAUGUUAUGUUAUCGAAUAUAUAUGCGAGACGUGGUAUGUGGAAGGAGGUUAGUAGGGUAAGGCGUUUAAUGGAAGAACAGGGUGUUAAGAAGUUGAGUGCGUAUAGCUGGACAGAGGUUGGUAAUAAAGUGCACAUUUUUAUUGGCGGGGGUGUUACUCAUCCUGAGAUUGGUAAAAUAUGUUUAAUUUUAAAGCAAAUUAGGUUGCAUUUUAAGUGUUCCGGAGAUGCUGCAGACUUGGUAUCAGAAGUGGCCUGUUGUGGCUCAUAAGGUGUUUUGAUGAAUGGUUUUUUAAUCUAUGGUGGGGUUUUCGUGUGACUUCUGGAAUACAUUUAUAGAUAGCUCAAAUGCAGAUUGCAAAAGAGAGUGAGGGAUUUCCAGAGCUUCUGCAAUCAGCAGCUGGAACUGGAAUCUGCUGCACCUAUCGGACAAGUUUUGGGAAAAUAUUAUGUUUGAUAUACAGAAAUCAUUGCGGACCUGAUCAUCAUGACCCCGGCCCGAAAAAUAACGGGGUUGGGCAGAUUUUUGGGCCAGGUAUUCGGGCCCGGCCCAGUCCGAUUGUUUUAUUUUUUGAGUGGGUUUUAGGCAACUCAAAGUUGCAAUCUUAGUUAUAAAUUUGGCCCGAAAUAACGGGUUUUGGGCAGAAAAUUUCGACUCAACAGCAGAAAUUUUAAGCCAUGGCCGAGCCGAACCCCGGCCCACACUUUGAUCAGGUCUAGUUGCAUCCAUGGGGGAUUGUUUUGAUGUUAGCUAGUGCUCUGUUACUGGAAUCUGCAACUAACUCAACAAUGUCGGUCAACCAAUUGAACAGGUUGUGCAGGAAAUCUGUGAUAUUUUUAAGUUUGCCAACAAUUUAAGGAUCAUACCCAUGUAUCUACAUUUGUUUCAGGAUUUAGGUAUGUGUUGAACAUGAGUAUGGGAAGGUUAAUGGUUUAUUGGAGUAACAAAGCAUGGAUGGAGUUUUGUGUCCUUAAAUUUGAGCCUUUUUUCCAGGUCACAAGCUGAAUAAUAUAUAGGAAUCUGGCUCAUGAAUGGUUUGAAGUGAUUGCAACCCAGAGGUCCAGGUACUUCUGUGACCAGUAGGGAAAGAAACACAGAACAAAUUUCCUACCAAGCUAAGUAUUUCCUGCCCAACUCUUCAUAGUUUUGAGUUUUGACUAUGAUAUUAGAGACUGCAAAAGUAGGGAACGCGAUACAGAGCCAUUGUGGAUAUAUUACUGCUUCCUCACAGGCAUCUAUAUGACAGUAAUUUGAUUCAUCAAAUGCUUGAUCGGCACAAAGAUUAUAUUUACAGAUCAUAAAAUGGGUGAUAGCAUGAAGGAGAAAUUUAUACAAUCAGCCAUAUUCUGAGAAUCUGUGAAUGACAACCAUUUUCAGCAAGGUGACUGCCAAACAAAAUCUGUUACAUCUGGCUCCAUUUCCAUGCCUUUCACGGGCUGUAAAGAUUGACAUGGGCCGAGCCGAGGCCCGACCGACCCGACAUGAAUAAAUCCCGGUCCGACACGGGCACGGAAAAAGCAUGACCCAGCACGAAGUCGUGGGCCGGGCUUGUGUCACUUUUUUUCGGGAAAAGCACAAGGCAAGGCACGAAAAAACACGCUAAAUUUAGUAAAUUAGCCAUGAGCACGGCGGACAGGACCGACCCGGCACGUGGACUUGGGCUCAUUUUGAACUUUGCGGCCCGGCCAGUCACGAUGCAGAGUGGUUUGGCAUGGGCCAGACCCGUUAGGCCCACGGCUCGGCCCAAAGCCUGACACAACCCGGCACACAACCAUCUUAAAGGGCUGUAGAAGAUCUCUAUAGGCUAUAAAGUUGAGUCUCAUGAUUUGUUAUCAGGUAAGCACUAAUUUGGUAUUCCCUAGUCACGAUUCUUCUUCCCGGACAAAUCUGAAGUGUCUUUGAAAUUAAUAAUGCAUGAGUGGCAUUUUUUUAACA